AUCAUGGCCGAAGAAGCCCAAUCCUUCUCUACCCAACUCAACUCAUCAGAAAAUGAGUUGCAGAACCACUCUCAAUGCCCUCACAACAAACAUCGCUUCCACUUCCAUUCCUGCCGUUACUCCAUCAUCUCUUCUUCUCUCCAACAUCACUCCCAAUUCGUUUCUUGCACUAGGAAGAAGAAUAGGAGGAAGCUCAAUUACAAACCUUAAUCAUUUCCACCUACUGAGUCGAGUUUGUAAUCAUGGGGUUGGUUCUAAUAAGAAAUUACGAUGCAGUUUUGUAACCUACGCUGGCUUCUUAGAGCUCCCACUUCUUCCUUUUCCUUCUGAUCAGGUGCUUGUUCCAUCUGAGACUAAGACACUUCACCUAUUUGAAGCAAGGUAUCUGAAGUUGUUGGACGAGUCCUUAUUCAAAAAGAAGAAGCUUUUUGUGCAUUUUGUGUUGGAUCCAAUUGUCGUGAGUUCCAUGUCGAAAGAAGCAUCCUUUGCUGCUAGAUAUGGUUGUUUGGUUGUUAUAGAGAAGGUUGAACAAUUAGAUGUCGGGGCCUUGGUCACUAUUAGGGGAAUUGGCCGUGUCACACUUGUGAAAUUUGCAAAGGUAGAUCCUUUCUUGGAAGGCACAGUAUUACCGUUGCAGGACAAUGUUCCGCAGAAUGCAAGUGAAAUAAGCUCUAAGGUUCAAGAACUGAAAGAAGCUCUUCACGGUUUGAAUAGCUUGGAAAUAAAGUUAAAGGCUGCCAAAGACGAACCAUUGCAGACCCAAACAGCUAACUCCUUAGAAUGGGCUCUACAAGAACCGAUUCUAGAUUGUGAAGAAGCUUUCAUUCCCUCCUUUGCGGAGCGUGUUUCCUUUGCUGCACUUCAAAAUGUUUCAGGAUCUACACAAUCCGAAAUGAUGAAGUUGAAGAACGAGAAGCUGAAAGCAAUGGACGUUAAAGAGACAUUAGAACGGCUCGAAAACUCUCUGAGUUUCAUCAACAACAUAGUCUCCAUGACUGCAGCAAAGCUUGCUAUUCAGUCCUUGAACAUGCAAUAACCUCUGGUAAACCCAAAAACUAGUGAGACCAAGAACGUUACUGGUAAAAACAAAACCAAACAAACCCAGUGAACCCCAACGCAGGUAAAGUCGUCUGGGGGUAGGAUGUACACAAACUUUUCCUGUUCCCCAAGGAGUAGAGACGAGAAUUGUGCAUUUUAUGUUUUUUACAUUUUCUUGAAGCUCGGUAGAGGUGUAAAUGGUUGAUCUCCAUGCAACUCAUAAAGACGGUUGUUGUGCGUUGUAAUGUACAUUUUGUGGUUUUGAUAAUGAAUGGCGUCGAGUGGGUUGGACCU